AUACCUCGUGAGAAUUGGCUGCCCAAUUUUUGAUCUCACUUCCUACCUGUCCCCACCCUUCCACUGUCCCGUGACUUAAGCUUCUAUUAGCACUGCGCAAGUGGUUAAUAGUGAGCAGGUUAAAGCUCAAAGUAGUUUCCACAAAAAAAAAACAACUGGUUUAGAGAGAAAAAAAAAAUGAGGAGUUCGGUGUUGAUUGUGGCCUUGGUGUUUUGCGGCUUGCUUGCAAGUUCUGCUGUUUUAGCAGAAGCCGCUGCAUCACCAGUUGUGCCUAAUCUAGUGGCAAUAAUUGUCAAGCCUAACACAACCUCUCACCCUAUGACCCCGCGUGCGACCAACACGACUGCGCACACCCCGCGUGCGACCAACACGACUGCGCACACCCCGCGUGCGACCAACACGACUGCGCACACCCCGCGUGCGACCAACACGACUGCGCACACCCCGCGUGCGACCAACACGACUGCGCACACCCCGCGUGCGACCAACACGACUGCGCACACCCCGCGUGCGACCAACACGACUGCGCACACCCCGCGUGCGACCAACACGACUGCGCACACCCCGCGUGCGACCAACACGACUGCGCACACCCCGCGUGCGACCAACACGACUGCGCACACCCCGCGUGCGACCAACACGACUGCGCACACCCCGCGUGCGACCAACACGACUGCGCACACCCCGCGUGCGACCAACACGACUGCGCACACCCCGCGUGCGACCAACACGACUGCGCACACCCCGCGUGCGACCAACACGACUGCGCACACCCCGCGUGCGACCAACACGACUGCGCACACCCCGCGUGCGACCAACACGACUGCGCACUCUACUACAACCAUACAUGCAUUGACAACUACACUCCCUACUUUGGUGCCCAAUUUUUCAUUGCCAGAAACUGGACACUACAUUGUUUCUAUCAAAAAUGCUACUUGUAUCAAGGCAACAAUUGGAAUACAGCUUAUUGUCAAACAGAAGGCAAAGGAUCUAUACUUCAAUAUUCCACCAGCAAAGACUGUAACUUCAGGGAAGUGUGGGAAUAUUGCCUCCUGGAUUAUCUUAAAAUUUAAUUCUGGAUUUGUAAACUUCACUUUUGUGAAGGAUGUAAAACAGUAUUACAUCAGUGAGAUAAGUGUUGCUUUGGAUGCCACGAAUAACUUGGGGACUUCCUAUCAUGGCAUUGUAAAGCAUAUGAAGCUGUUCAAGACUACAGUUGGGUAUUCCUACCUGUGCAAAAGCAAACAGGUUGUGGCUUUUUCAACUGAUUCACUACAGAUUCUGACUGUUAACGCUCAACUUCAGGCAUUUGACAUUCCAGGUGGAAAGUUCGGUAAAGUGGAGGAAUGCUUCUUGGAUUCUAGAUUUAUUGUACCCAUCGCCUUUGGAGUAUCUCUUUUUGUGUUGAUCAUGGUUGUAAUCAUUGUGUACUUGGCUUGUCGCCGUCGAAGACUUGAAGGCUAUCAGCGAAUCUGAGGGAAAAAGACCAGGUUGUCGUCAGAAGAUGCCUGCCUCUUUUUGCUUCAUUUUAACUUCUCAUUAUUGUUGAAAGUGUGCGUCUGGGCUGAACUGCUGAUUUUCCCUCUCAUUCAACGCCCACGGAGAUUGACUUUGUUUUACAUAUGCAUAAUGACACACUGGUAGAGGAUUAUAUUCCCAUUUCAAGCUAAGAUGCUCAAUCAUUAUACUUGUGCAUGUAAUUUUUGUGUCUUCCUUUUAUUCCCUCUAUUCCAGAAUUAUUAAUGAGAACUAAAACCAUAUUGUUUAAUGCUUUUUGGAGCACUGUAGCGUUUUUGGUUGGGAUUUAGCACUUCUCAUUUUGAAACAUUUUUAAAUGCAAAUGCAUUUUGAAAAUAUUCCCUUGAUUUAUUAUUAUAAAUGUACAGGGAUUCUAUUUUGUGUAUAUCUGAAAGCAAAAUAAACGUACAGGGAUUCUACUCUGCAUAACGCUUUCAAUUUGGCUGCAUCUAAAAUGUAUUUUUCUAACUGCACAAACGUUGAAUAACACAGUUUGUCAAAAGAUGCGGAAAACACCAAUAAUCAUUUCACCUGUCUAAAAAUUGGUUAUCUUACUGUGUUAAUUUUUAGGACCUUUUAAAAGUAUUGGUUUUAAUUUGUUUUAUGGAAUUCUUUCUUCUUUGGAAUUAAAUUUAAAUGUUCUUCAA